CAUCACUGACCAAACUUUUCAAUAUGGCGUCACGGCUGUGUGGAGAAAUGGAAGUGGCAGAGAAUGCAGUUCGUGGCUCACAUCCUGGCUUCAGCAACGACAAAUACUCGCUGCUCGUCAUUGUCGGGGAGCACAGUCUCCCUGGCCAGGUGGAAUACGUGGUGGAGGAGAUAGAAAGAGGCAUCCGCUCCUGGGAUGUGGACCUCGCUGCCUGUAACCUGGACGAACAGCUCAAGCUCUUUGUGUCACGCCAUUCUGCCUCUUUUUCUGAGGAACUGAAAGGCUUGAGGACGCUGCAGAACAGCGGAGAUGUUCUGGAAACCCAAGUGGUAGUGAACCCUUCCCAAGUGUGUGUGUGCACCGAGGUCCGUCGGCUGAUAUCCGAUGUUUCUCAGCAUAAGCUCCUAGUUCUCACAGGACAGUGUGUUGAGGAAACGGGGGAUUUGGUCCUACAGACAGGAUGCUUCUCCCUCCAGGACUUUAUCCAGAUCUUUACAGAUGAAGAGAUCGGCGAGUUGCUGAGCUCUGCAGAUCCCUCUCAGAAAGCCAGCCUUACCCUGUGUUGUCCCAAUUCUGGUGGGUGGAAGAAUUCGAUUUUGGAGAAGCACAAUCUACAGGACUUUAUUGAGAUAAAGACAAACCCACCCUCAGUGCUGCCUGCUAUGGAAGGUCUGCAGGAGUUCACCGAGUAUCUCUCAGUAUCUUUGGAACCAAUGUCUUCUUUUGACCUCCUUGAGCCUCCCAGCACUGUGGGUUUCCUCAAGCUUUCUCGACCUUGCUGCUACAUCUUUCCAGGUGGGAGAGGUGAUUCUGCCUUCUUUGCUGUUAAUGGUUUUAAUGUUUUGGUGAAUGGCGGUUCUGAUUUGCGUUCCUGCUUUUGGAAAUUGGUGAGACAUUUGGACCGAGUGGAUUCCAUGCUGCUCACGCAUAUUGGAGUAGACAACCUUCCUGGUAUAAAUAGUCUCUUGCAAAGGAAAGUUGCAGAGAUAGAAGAGGAUCAGUCUGCAGGCUCCCAAAGCAACGAAGAGUGGAUGAAACGCCUCAUAUCCCCUGAAAUAGGAGUAGUGUUCCUCAAUGCACCAGAGAGGUUAAAGACAUUAAUUGGGGAUCCGAAAGUGUUGCGGAGUUGUGACCAAGUAUCUCUCACCUUGAAGAACCUGGAAAGAUUGUCAAUCACAUCUGAACCACUUUACCGCUCCAACGGUUCCAAUCUUGAGCCAAUAAUUCUUUUCCAAAAGAUGGGAGUUGGUUGUCUUGAGUUGUAUGUCCUCAAUCCUGUGAAAGGUAGCAAGGACCAUGAGGCCCUAAUGCAGAACUGGCCUGGGAAGGUCUCGAGUACCAAAGGUUCAGAUUUCCCUUUACCUUGCUUGAUUUCCAUUUGUGCUCUGUUGGUAUGGCACCCUGCUAGUCCUCAUGAAAAGAUCAUUCGAGUCCUUUUUCCUGGCUGCACGCCGCAGGAUAGGAUCCUAGAGGGACUGGAGAAACUGAAGCAUCUUGACUUCCUCAAACACCCAGUUGUGAACCUCAAGGAUCUUGAGACAUGCAAAUACGAUAAGCAACCUAAGCGUGCAGAGAGUCGGGAAAGCCUCAAAUCAGCAACCAAAGAUUCAAGACCUGGAACUGCAAACCUAAAGGAGAAACUGGGCCGUGGUGAUGUCAAGAAGCAAGAUCCAAAGGGCAAAACAAAAGUGACAAAUGAUCCUGCCUCUAAAGAAGGCAAAGAAAGUGAAGAUAAACCCAAAGUAAAGGAAACUGAUGUAAAACCAAAAUUCCCAAAGGUUGAAAAACUUUUGACAAAGAAAGAUUCUUUGAAAGAAGACAAGAAAGAUGUGAAAAAGAAAGAGGAAAAGCCUACCACUGCCAUUUGUAAAAAAGAGGAGAAUGGAGAAAAGAAAAAGGAACAAACCAAAAAGGAAUCUCUAGCUGCAAAAUCAAAAAAGGAGACAAAGACUGACCCAAAGAAAGAAAUCAAAAAGGAGAUUAAGCCUGAAGAGAGGAAACCUCAAAUGAAAACUCAGAACAAGGAAGCCAAAAAGCUACCUGGAGGAUCUUCUGCUGCCGUGGACUCAAAGAGGCCUUCCGUUAAAAAUGGUGCUGUAAAGAAAGAAAGUAUUAUCCCUAAGAGAGAAGUUGUGAAUAAAGGGACAAAAUUAAGUGCAAACAAAAAGGAUAAAGAAAGUCAGAAAGCCCCAUCUCCUUUUGAUGGGGAUGCCGAUCGCUCUAAAAUGUCUACACCAGAGGACAUGACAGCGGAGUUUGAAAAGUUGAGGCAGGAGAUUGCUCAAGAAGGGAUGUCUGGCAAGACAAAAGAUGAUACAGAUGAAGGUAUUGUCCCGGUUGAAAGGGAGUCAGUGGUUCAGGUAGCUUCUGAGUCAUCAGAAGGUUGUCCUGAAUUGAAUGGAGCCACAUUAAAGGAACAAUCAAAGAUUUUAGACAGCCCAGAGCAAUUUCGCAGCAUGGAAACACUUAGCAACCCUAACAAAGCUAUGGGGCCACCUUCACCUCUGGCUAAGACUCCUAAAAGUGACCGUAGUGUUAAUUUUGACCUCACACCUACUGAAUACAGGUUGCUUGAAGGAGCCCUGAAAGAAAAUUUGAUACGAAAUGGCCAAGAAGAUGCAUGUGCCAGCUCUGAUGAGAAGACACUAGAAUUAGUCUCACCCCCAGGCUCAGGUCCAAACAGUGCUGGGCAUACACCUUUCCAUCAGUCUCCAGAGGAGGAUGCCCUGGGCUCUGGAGAGGAUAGCAGUCUCGGUAAAAUGUGUAGCCUGGGGUUUGAGGAUGGCCAACCUGUGGGAUCCUGUAGAAACUCAGAGUCAGGGUGCUAUAAAAAAAACCAUGAGAAUAAUUCUUCAUCCUCGCAGGAAAAGCAUUCAAGCUUCUUGUCAUUGAGUCCCUUCAAAGAUGUGAUUCCUGAUAUCUCCCCAACCAUUACCACCCCGUCUUUGCCAGCAGAGGUUGGUUCCCCGCAUUCUACAGAGGUUGACGAGUCCUUAUCCGUGUCCUUUGAGCAGGUGCUUCCACCAGUUAGUGAGUCACCCAAGGAGGAAUUUUGUGACAGGCCCUACUCAAAUGGGCACUUUGACCUUGAUUCCAAAGUAGGCAUGUCACUACCGUUGAGAACAUCUCAUAACAUGAGACCUCCAGGUGAUGGUUCAGACGGGCGUUUUCCUGGACCGCAGGGGUUCCCUGCUGAAGUACCACCCCAUGAUGUUGAUCUGUGCCUGGUGUCACCUUGUGAAUUUAAGCAUCCCAAGUCACCAGAGAACCAGCAGCAUCCACUAUCCCCAGGUCUUGCCAACCCAAGUCCACAUGAUCUUUCUGAUGACAGUGACCUCUCCCAGGAACUAGCAAAGCCCCUGGCACAGAGCUGUAUAAGCAGCAACCGGCAUUCCCCUCAGGGUCAAGACACUCCUCCCACUUCUGCCAGCGAAUCCCUGCCUACAGCAUCUGACUCUGAUGUGCCGCCAGGCACUGAAGACUGCCCUUCCAUUACUGCAGAUUGUGGGCUGGAUUCUGAUGAGGAUUCAAGUGGUAUUUUCCUACCUCAUCAGGCACAUGACCGACCCAGCUCUUGUUCCUCACACAGGGGGACACAGCUCUCUUCUCAAGACCCACCCCCGGCUCCUAUGAAGGACUUGCCCCCGCUGCCCCAACAGCCUGGUGCCUGCAUGGCUGAUCCUGAGGCAGACACACAAGGAAAGAAUGGGAAAAAUGUUGCCACAAAAUCUAAGAAGCCAACUGGGGUUGUCCAGAGAAUAAGCUCAGUUAACAGCUUUGGACAAAACAGCAAGACAAAGACUGCCACCCUGGGAGUUUCCACUGGCACCUUGAAAGCAAGCUCCAACUUUGAUGCUAGACCCCCAUCUCGCAACACAAGCACUGGCUCGAAGACUGGUACUGCUAAGUCUGUUGCUGCAGUUAAAGUGGGUGCAGUGAGCGAUACACCAGUUUAUUUGGACCUGGCGUACCUCCCUUCAGGUUGUGCAGUUGCAACUGUUGAUGUAGAGUUCUUUAGGCGCCUGCGUUCCUCUUGCUACGUUGUCAGUGGGGAUGAUACCCUUAAGGAAACCAUAAUGAGGCCCAUUCUGGAUUCGUUGCUGGAGGGAAAAACAGGCUGGCCUAGUGUGCAAGUGACCCUGAUCCCCACCUUUGACUCCUUGGCGAUGCAUGAGUGGUACCAGGAGACCCAUGAGAGGCAGCGGGAGCUGGCAAUCACUGUCCUAGGUAGCAACAGCACUGUUGCUAUGCAGGAAGAGACCUUCCCAGCUUGCAAAGUGGAAUUCUGAGGCGAAGGGAAAGGCAGAAGCACUGAACUUCAUCCUUUCCCCCCCGUAAGGGCACCUGCCUGCUUUCUUUCUCUGUCCAGUAAUGUACCCACCACCCUGCUUCUGUACUCCCCGCACUCCCCUCUUUCUUUCGGGGUAAUGGAUCUGCAACAUAAUUAGGUGUUUUUGGUUGUGACAGUGGCUGUUGUUGACCUUGAACUUUGGUGUAGAAAGGCAGAAAAUUAUGUACAGCAUGUAUGUUUACUUUUUCCAUUUGCUGAGAAAGUGGGAGAAUGGGCCAGCUUGGUAUUCCAGAAUGUUGAGUUUGUUCCAUUUACAAUUAAAGAAGCUGCUACAAAAGAGGGAAUGUUGAAAUUGGAAAGGGAAUGAAAUAAUGGGUUCUGAAAUACCAACCGAAACAUUUUGCUCAAGGACCAAUUAAGUAGUUUCCAUGGGCAGAUGGCAAGACACAGUUGAGUCAGCUGUUAUCAAAGCCUGCCAGACCUUUGGUGGGCUGCAGAAUUGUUUGUAAGUAACUCACCGAGCAGGUGAAAAAUAGGGGGUAGUUGGAUGGAUGCCUGUCUGCCCUCCAGGAAUAGGCUUAGAGAGUCCUGCAUGAGGGAUUUUUCAUGGUGUCCUUUCCCGUUGUAUCUCUUCCCCCCCCCAUUUCUUCCAUGAAAUCUUUUGCCCACUUGCACGGUUUCAGUUUUUGACAAAGACAAGAACAAAAGAAAAGAAUGUGACAAGAAUUGCCUUCAGAAAGUUUAUUGAAUGUCAGGUGGGAGUUAUGGCAAGCUAACCAUUCUAGAUGGGUUUGCAGAAUGGUUCUCUGUUAGCCUGGUGUUGACAUCAUUCAUGUAACACUACAUGCUUGUGACAAGGCCAAUUUGCUGUAGGGUGGACACUUGUACUGCGCUGGGGAAGUGUUGAAAAUCAUUAGGGAAGAGGAGGAGGCAAUUACAGGAAUACCUGAGCACUCCAAUUUAAACACUUGUAAACUACAGGAUUUCUGCCUUUUAAGGGAAACUAAGCGGUGUGCCAGGCAAAUGGGUAUAAAUGUGAGUAGUAAAUUGUUAUGGAGUUGACAAGAGACCAAUAGGUUUUGUAGUUUUUUUCCGAUUUAAAAAAAUAAAUAAAUAAAUAAAUUACAAUUGGAGUUGAAA